AUCUAACCCAGUCCCGCGCGAUGCACCCGUUCAUUCUGAGUUUGUUUGACGCCCGUCACGGCAGUGAGCAGUGAUGACCGCAUCGGUAGGUAGACUCUCGCAGGAUAAACUGUCGGAGUCGGUGCCGCUGCAGCCGAUCGCGGAACGGAAGGUCCACACGUACGAUGAAGCCCUGGUGGAGGCCGGCUUUGGCCGGGCCCAGAUCGUGCUGACGCUGGUGGCCGGCCUGGCGGUGAUGGCGUCCGCCAACGAGUCCAUGGGCAUGGGCAUGAUCCUGCCGGCUAGCCAGUGCGAUUUGGAUUUGGAUCUGAGUCGGAAAGGGGCGAUUGGAGGAGCAGUUCUGCUUGGCAUUAUGGUGUCCACGUACUACUGGGGUUACCAGACGGACGUUCGGGGACGUCAAUCGGUGCUGAAGGUGACGCUGCUGACGACCUUCGCGCUUUCGGUGGCCGCUUCGUGUGCCAACAACUUCUACGUGCUGCUCGUGUUACGGUUCCUUGCUGGACUGUUCAUUUCGGCACCGUCAUCCGCUGCGAUCGUGUACUUGGGAGAAUUUUGUCCAGCCAACCGUCGAGGUCAGAUGGUAACCUACUCGUGCGUCAUUGGAGCAGCUGGCUUGGCGUACGUGGCCCUGGUCGCCUGGUGGAUCCUCUCGUACGAUUGGCUGAUCGUCGUAACGGAAUCGUUCACGAUUCGUCCCUGGCGGCUGCUGUUUCUGAUCAACGGACUUCCAGGCCUGGUCGUUGGCAUUGUGAUCUGCUUUUUUCCCGAAACACCCAAGUUCCUGCUGGCACAAGGUCGCAACUGGGAAGCGCUGGAAGUGCUGCGUUGGAUGCACCGCUGGAACAAGGGACACGACGAAUUCUACGAUGUGUACGCACUGCAGGUUGAAUGCCAAACUAUUGACAGCAAUGUCCCUCAGAAAACAAAGAAUCGCAGGUUAUGGAACCAACUCGCACCGUUGCUCAAGUCGCCAUACUGGAUCUACCUAGUAGCUUGUAGCAUUCAGACUGCAAGUGUCUACGUCACUUACGGUGGUCUCAGCAUGUGGUUCCCCCAGAUCAUGCAUCUCGUCUACUCGUCAAACUCCCCUUCAAACAGUCAAUUUUGCAGCAUCAUCCAGUCAUCCAACACCUCGCAAACCAUCGAAGUCGCCUCCCCAUCCCAGCAUGCGUGCUCGGACACCCUCCCGCCCGAAACCUUCAUCUACACGCUAACCCUGGGAACCCUCUGCAGCGCCUUUAUCCUGCUCAACUCGCUUCUCCUAUCCAAGUUCACCGAAAAGCCCCUCAUCUACGCGAACCUCACCGCAGCAGGCCUGGUCGGUGCGGCGUUGCAGCACGUGUCGCACACCUACACCGUGGCGGCCCUGUUUUGUCUGCAGAUCGCAGUAGGCGGCGUUACGAUCGUGCUGAUUCGCUCGCUGCAGGUUUCGAUCUUUGGAACCGAAGUUAAGGCGACGGCCGUCGCGCUGACCACGCUGGCCGGCAGGUUGGGCCAGGUGGUGUCCAACGUGCUGUUUGGGACGCUGCUGGUGCGGCAGUGUAGCGGGACGUUGUAUCUUGUGGCGGCGUUGCUACUGCUGAGUGUUGCGUUGAAUGUGCUGUUGCCGUGAUAUGUCAGAAUAUUUUUUUUUGUUUUAAUAAAAAACAAAUAACUUGGAAUCGAAGUUUGUUAAUCUAAAAUAUUUGAUGUAACGAAAACAAUAAUUAACACAAAAU